AUUUCUACUGAAGAAUUUCCCUUGAAGUUAUUACUACUACAUACUUUUUCUGCUUCUUUUUAAGGGAAACCAGCAUAAUACCAACAUACGCUGUGCAACUUCCCAUCCUUGUUUUUCCACCGGCCCUCUUCUGUCUUCUCUCUUGUAGAUAUUGUCGAUCGCAUGGAGGGAAAAGAAGACUCAGACGAUCAAAAGCAAGCACAACAAGCCGUUGAUCCUGGCAGCAGGAGCAAUUUCAACGAGGAACGGCAACCAUGGUUGAAUCUUACGCUUGGUGGGAUCACCUCAUCAGCUGCUGGAAGCUCUCCUAGCGCGCAGUGCAAAAUGCAAAGCCGCAAGAUGUUCUCGUGCAACUUCUGCAUGAAAAAGUUCUGCAGCUCACAGGCUUUGGGAGGUCACCAGAAUGCACACAAGAGAGAGAGGGGUGUCACGAGGAGACCUCAGCAGUCCCAGAAAACGACGAUAGGAUUUCCCCUCUAUGCAUCUGCUCAUAAAUCUCUGCCAGUUCAAUCCCACUCAGUCGCGCACGAGCAACAUGCUGAGGGAGGCUUGCCUACGAUCGCAAGAUGUCGUCAAAUGAACUCUGACACCGAAGCGACAAGGGUUCCGUUUGCGCUUGAUCAAGUUAGAGGAUCGACAUGGCCUGGGAGCUUUCAGAAGAAUUCUCAGCCUACAGGGUGUCCAUCAGAACAAGAAAAACUUGAUCUGAGUCUCAAGCUUUGAUGAGUUUGACAGUCUCAUGGCUUCCCAAAAGCAGGCUACUUUUGAACUUUGUCCAGUGUAUUUUACCCUCAUCAAACUUAUUUUUGCCUCCGCUCACCAAUAAACUCGAUCUACGAGUCAAAUAAAAGGUAGCAUCGCAAAGAAGAAAUAUAUACUUGGGGAUCGUUUCAUGGAGAGAAUUGUUCUUGCACUUGCCAAUACAUGUCCGCUGAGUCCCAAUUCUCCCCGUCGAUCAAGGUCAUAUAUCCAUGGACGAUGUGCCCUUCACUAUUCAGCUUCAUAGGUAAUACUCUACUUCUAGUUCUCCUGAAGAAAUUAAGAGUAUUGAUUCGUGCAAAGCUUGUAGAAAACAAAUAAAUUGGAAAGCAGAAGCACCAGAAGAAACAAAUUUUAAGUAUGGAUAAUCAAUUGGUCAUUAAAUAGCUGUCUUUUGUUUGAAUAGAACGUUGAAGCUGGCUUCCAGCUACCAAAAGUAAGUGCUAUCAUUUUAAACCAGUUGUCUGUUUCAGGUUUUUAGAUAAAGAUUCACAAGCUUGUUAAGUUGCAGAGGCUGAGAUUGUUUAUCUCUUCGUGUAAAUUUUUUUUUUACAAAACUACUUCUAGUUGAUAUAUUCAGUUAGCACCAAAAUCAGUAGUACGAAUUGACUAGGUAGGAACGAGGUAGUUCCUAGGUUUUGUUGUCCAAUAGUUUCCCUAUGCAUUUCAACUUCGACUUUGAUAAGAAUUUUCAA